AUGCCUUAUGAUCUUAAGCGUUUGUUUAUUGGAAAUGAUGAAGAAAGCACUCACUUUAGGAAUAAUGUUCGAACCUAUAAUAAUAACCAGGGAUUUACAUCCUUUGCUGCGAGAUAUGACCCGGAAUUGACCAAGAAUACGAAAGGUGUUUACACCUUUCGUGUUCAAGGCCAAGUCUAUCACUUCCUCAACGGUUUGACGCAGCCAACCGACAAACCAUCUGGAAUUCAGUUCUACUUCUUUGACACUGAUGAGGAAUUAGCAAAAAGAAUUGGAAACUGUGAAAAGCUGCGCAAAAGCACUUUAAAAUUGCUGAUGCGCAUACUUUUGAACAAUCCUUACACCAAAUUCUUUAAAAGCCUCAGGGAUAUACCGAACCUUGAUAGGUAUAAAAUCAUCCUUAACUGUUAUCCUGGUUUAGACCAGCGUGUCUAUAACCUGCCAUCUGCCUCGCAAGUUGCUGCCAUUUGGACUGAAGAUGAAAAUGAAACUAUAGACAGAAGUACUCAUAUCCAGGUCUAUACUCACUCACAUACCAGCCAUAGGAUUAAGCAUUACUAUGGCUGUUAUGACCCUCUACAGUAUCCUAUUCUUUUUCCUCGAGGUGAAUGUGGAUGGCACCACGGUAUUAAGAGACUAUAUAAGAGGAAAAGAAAUGGGGACUCCUGUGAGGACGACUGUAGCGUUGAUCCUUCUUCUGUUAAUGACCCUUCGCACUUAAUGGACUUAGAGCGCAGAGCUGUUGAUCGAGGGAAGCGCGAGGGGGACACGGUAUCGAUUAGAGAGUAUUAUUGCUACAGAUUUCAGAUAAGAGAUGAUGAUGAAUCGAUGUUAUUGCACUGCCUUAGGCUUCUACAGCAAUUUUCUGUUGAUUCUUAUGUGAAGAUAGAAACUUCAAGGUUGGACUUCCAUAGGCAUCAACAAAAUGUAAUAAGAUCGGAGAUCCUCCAAGGAGUCUUGGACAGUGUUUCUAUAGGGCAGUCCGAAGGAUCCAGAGUUGGUCGUAAGGUAGUUCUCCCAUCCUCUUUUAUAGGUGGUCCAAGAGACAUGAGACGCCGGUAUCUUGAUGCAAUGGCGCUCGUUCAGAAAUAUGGUAAACCUGAUAUCUUUCUUACCAUGACCUGCAAUCCAGCAUGGAAAGAAAUUCAGGACAAUCUAAAGUAUCAUGAGAAACCGCAGGAUAGACCAGAUCUUCUGGCCAGAGUUUUUAGAGCUAAAUUUGAGAUGCUUAAAUCUGAAAUUUUGAAUAAGCAGAUUUUUGGUGAGGUCGCGGCAUGUGUCUAUGUUAUUGAGUUUCAAAAACGUGGAUUUCCCCAUGCUCAUUUACUCCUGAUCUUAAAACCUCAGUCCAAGCUGCUAAAUCCAGAAUCAUAUGAUAAGGUCGUGUGUGCGGAGUUACCUGAUCGUACUCGCUAUCCUCACUUAUACAAUCUUGUUGUCAAACAUAUGAUCCAUGGUCCUUGCGGAUCUAUGGAUAAAACCUGUCCUUGUAUGAGAGAUGGUACCUGCAAAAGUCAUUAUCCCAAAGAUUUCUGUCCAUAUACAACUCAUGCUGAAGAUGGUUACCCAUAUUACAGAAGAAGGGAUGAUGGCAGAAAAAUAAAGGUCCGAAGGUUUACUCUCGAUAAUAGGUGGGUUGUGCCUUACAACCCGUACCUCCUUGCUUUGUUUGAUUGCCACAUAAACGUCGAGAUCUACUCUACUAUAAAGUUGGUCAAGUACCUGUACAAAUAUGUGUUUAAAGGUCAUGAUCUGGUCUCCUUUAAGGUUGUCGCUGAUGGUGGUCCUCCUGAUAUUGAUGAAAUUAACGAGUUCCAAAAGGGUAGAUAUAUUUCGCCUUCGGAAGCUUUUUGGCGCAUCUAUGAAUUUCAUCUAAAUGAAAUGACUCCGUCUGUUUAUACACUCCAGGUUCACCUUUCAAAUCAGCAGUUUGUCUCCUUUGAUAAAAAUUCAGAUCUCUUGUGGUUAUUAGCCAAGGCUGAUUUUUCAAAGACCAUGUUAACUGAGUUUUUCAAAAUGAAUGCAACAAAUGCAUUGGCUGAAAAUCUUAAAUGUUUCUAUAGAGAUUUUCCUCAGCAUUUCGUUUGGACUGCUAAGUAUAAACACUGGACAGAAAGGAAACGUCGGAAAGUGAUAGGUAGACUUGUCAGUGUUAGUCCAACUGAGGGAGAACGGUAUUAUCUGCGUCUCCUUUUAAAUCAUGUUCCUGGACCAACAUCGUUCGAUGAUCUCCUAACUGUGAACAACCAAAAAAUGAACUCGUUCAGAGAUGCUGCUUUUGCGCUUGGUCUAUUACAAUCUGAUUCGUAUAUAGACGAGACACUUGAAGAAGCUGUUGCAUUUCAGAUGCCGUCUUCACUCAGACUUUUAUUUGCCACUCUUCUGGUAUAUUGUUCUCCGACUAAUCCCAAAAUAUUAUGGAAAAAGUUUGAACCGGAUUUCUCUAGAGAUUAUGAAAGACAGCAUCAAUAUCAUCCGUGCUCUCCCGACGAAAUUAGGGGACUUGUUCUGACUGAUAUUAAUAGAUUUCUUGAGCAGAUGGGUAAACAUAUUACUGACUACCAAUUGGUACCGCAUGAUCUCAUGAAUGCAUAUAGAACAUGCCUGACAAAGGAGAUUGUGUAUGAGAGAAGCAUCAGCGUACUGCCGGAGGAUAUAUUGCUGUCUUCCAAAUUAAAUUCUGAGCAGAAAUAUGCUUAUGAUAUAAUCUUGCAAGCAUGUUUCUCUUCUCAUGGCCGUUCUUUCUUUAUUGAUGGCCCGGGGGGUACCGGUAAAACAUUUUUAUACCGGUCGCUCCUCGCUACUUUGAGAUCAGAGGGUCAUAUUGCCAUUGCAGUGGCGACAUCUGGAAUUGCAGCUUCUAUCCUACCUGGAGGAAGAACUGCACAUUCAAGAUUUAAAAUACCCCUUGAUUUUUCAAAGAACAAAACUUGCCAGCUUAGCAAGCAGGGUAGCUUUGCGAAGUUGCUCUUUGAAUCCAAAUUGAUCCUUUGGGAUGAGGCUUCAAUGGCCAGACGAGAAACUGUUGAGGCAUUUGACGAUUUAUUGAGAGAUGUUAUGGAAUCUAGCCUGCCUUUUGGAGGCAAAGUUGUUGUCUUUGGGGGGGAUUUCCGACAAACACUGCCUAUAAUUGAGCAGUCAACAAAAGAUGCCCUUCUGCAUUCAUGCUUUCUUAAUUCUCCGUUAUGGCCUGAACUUCAAAAGCUAAAGCUGUCAGAAAACAUGCGAGCUAUAUUAGAUCCUCAGUUUUCAGAAUUCUUGUUGAGUGUGGGCGAGGGAAAGGAACCUGUUGACCUGAAUGGUGAAAUAACCCUCCCUCCAGAUUUAGUCAUCCCUUAUUAUGAUAGAGAACAGUUCCUAAACAGGUUAAUAGGUUGUGUUUUCCCAGAUUUAACUCUCUAUUCUCGGGAUCCUUAUAGUAUGAUUUCUAGGUGUAUUCUUACUCCUAAAAACAGCUCAGUUGAUGAGCUAAAUGAUAUUUUAAUUAGGAGAUUUCCUGGCAAGCUGUAUACUUACACUAGCACGGACAGAACUGUUGAUCAGCGGCACCAAGGUGAUUAUGAGGAUUUUCUUAACUCUCAAAAUCCAAAAGGCCUUCUUCCUCACAAGCUAAUGCUAAAGGAAAACUGUCCAAUUAUAUUAAUGAGGAAUCUUAACCCUCUAGAAGGCCUUUGUAAUGGUACUAGGGUCAUAUGUAGACAGCUUGGCCAUCACACUAUUUCUGCUGAGAUUGUUUUCGGCCAGCAUCAAGGCAAGAUAAUCCUAAUUCCAAAGAUGCCUCUACAGACUCCUGAUAAUGAAAAGAAUGGCGUUCCAUUCAUAAGAACACAGUUUCCAGUCCGCCUUUGCUUUGCAUUGACCAUCAACAAGUCCCAAGGACAAACUCUUGACUAUGUUAGCAUUUAUUUACGUGAACCUGUUUUUUCUCAUGGACAGCUCUAUGUGGCUCUGUCCAGAGCCAGAACUUCAUCUGCACUCAAAAUUCUCAUUGUUCCAGGCACCUUUGAUGGUACAAAAAAAGACUGCAAAACUAGAAAUGUUGUAUUUAAUGAAGUUUUUCAGUUCAGUUAA